AUAUAUAUAUAUCGUGUGUGCUCUUAGCAGACCCAAGUAUCUGAAGUAUUCAGUACAUGAUUUAAAAAAAGUAUAACUUCACGUUUCCGUGUAAGUUACGUUGCAUGAAGUUGAAGCAGUUAGCUCCUGAAUUUCUUUAAAAAGGUUUCAGUUUCUGUUGUCACGACGCACCUGUAACUGUAAGUAUUUAACUUAACUAUUACAUUAAUGACAUUAACUAAAUAAAGUCUAGUAAAGUCCAAAGACGAAAGUUAAAUAAGUCCGAUACGGUCGAUUGUCAGUCAUUAAUACAACUACAAACUUACGGCCAAUUUACGCCUAAAUUUGGACUAUUUAGUUCCUAGCAACCUAGACCUAGGACUAAGUUGACUAUGACUGAGUAUGAUCAGUGGGGAGUAGCCCUACUGCCACUGCUGCUUGUACAAUGUCAAUUAAGUAGCCUACAUACUACAUAUUUAAUACUACUACUGAGAAGUAGUAGAUAAGUAAGUAGUACUUUAACUUUAAAUUUAAAAUGUAAAUUUAAAGUAGUCAGUAUAGACAGACCUUAUUUAAAUUAAAGUCUAAGGACAAUGACAAGGACCUUAAAAUGUAAACUUAAUUUAAGGUUUUACUUAGACUUAGACUGAGGACAGGCCUUAUGCCUUAUACUUAUAGCCUUAUUAUAAUUAAUAAAUUUAGUAAUUCUAAGUAAUUAUUAGCUACUGUUGAUACUUAUUCUGGUCAAUUUAAAAAUCCGUGCCAAAAUAUAAGUUUGAUCUCUUAGUCUUAGUCAAACUUGACUUAAUCUUAUUUUUGAUAAUUUAUAGGUACCUCACUUUAAAAAAUAUAAAUUAUUUUUAAUUUUAAUUGCUGAAGAAAUGGCGAAUAUUUCAGGGAUUACCUUAUAAUUUAUAAAUAACCAGAAAAUAUUAUAUGAAAAUUAAUUAAAAUAAAAAAAUAAAACUGCAAUAAUUUUGGUUAAAUUUGUGAAUGUUAGAACUAAGGGCGAGUUAUUCUAUGAGUCUGAUCUUCUUUUAAUUACUUUAAAUUCUUCAUUAUUUUGAAGUUUACAAAGCAGUUUUAAAAACACAAAAGAGCUGGAGGCCAUGUAUUCGCCCUUGUCAUAAGUGAAAGAAAUUAUGCAUUUAGACCUGUGGUGUAUCCAGAGUUCGUGCCGCCCAGGCCCAGGGCUGUUAAAGCUUUUUGCCUUCCACGAAAAAACUGCUGUUGACAGAAAAUGCAUUCCCUCAAUAUAAAGAAAAAAAAGAGCCACCCAGGGCAGGCUACCCUCCUCCGCACUCCCUUCCUACACCACUGAUUCAGACCCAUUGUUUUGCUUUUUAAAUUUAAAUAUUUAAUCCAAGAUUUUUUUUCCCCAACUGCUACUAGGCAUAAUCCCUACUUUUUUGCUCUGUCAAAAUGUUUAUUUUCAUUGCAUCUUUUGAAAUUUAAUGAAUCUGAUGUGAAAAAAUUCAAAUAAUAUUUUCAAAUGUUAACUUUUCUGCAACUUUAGCUUGAUUUUUAAAAUUAACUUCUUGUUUUAUGAUAAUCAGAUCCAUUUUUAGUUAAAGCUGUGGGAAAACCUUGCACUUAUUAAUUUCCAGAGGGGUAGGGAUGUAAAUUUAUGUGAAAGCUCUUCUUUUUUUAGCACUUGCAUUUGCAAUGAUAUAAUUAAUUUGCCUAAGUAAGCAUUUGCACUCAAUGCCUGUAUAAAAACCACUUCAGUCUCGUUCAUCAAUCAGUAAGCUGUCAAUUUUACUAAAUGAUUUGACAUGCCUCACAUACAUUACAGUCCUGACCUAGAUCAGCCUCAGUUAUUUUCCACUGCUCAUAAACUUAUAGUUUAUACAUUGGCUGUCAAUUCUUUAGCAACUUUUAAGUUAUAGAGUUUAUAGUUUAAGUCAAGAAUGAAGUAAUUAAAAUAUUUCAGGAUCCUUCCAACCUGUGUUUAAUGAAAAUAAUUUAUGUUACAGGACUGUACUUAUUUGAUUAUAUGACAUUGCAAACUGGAAUUGAUUUAAACUACAAACAAUGACAGAAAAGAAACCCACCUGUCCCGUUAUAGUAGGGGAUUUGAAAACCGAAGGUUUGACUACUAGUUCAUUCAGGCAAUGGAGGCGACCAGACUUACCCAGCAAAUGUACUUUCACACUGGACACACCGCUAGAAAAAUCUCCUCAUAGACAUGUUGGCUUGUAAGUCAUUUUUAUUAUACUUAUUUUUUUUGUAAAGAAGGCAUAAUUUUGUUUCCUUUAGCUUAAAUGUAAAAAAUUGUGUCUCCACAUUACUGAAUCUGUAAAGUCAUUUUUUUAAGACAAUAAAAUCAAUUUAUUGCUGUAGUUCAGGAAAUAAUAAAACGUUUUGAUUAUCCAUAAACAAAUUCAAUUUUCUGUUCUUCUCAUGUAAAUUUCUAAUUUAAUCAGUUACUUUGUAAUUCCCUCCUUUAUUUUUUACAUAAACGUAGCUUUUCUGAUCAUCUCUCAAGGGAGGCAAAAGUGAAAACACUUGUCCUCCUCAAUGAUGAAGAGCAAUUUUAUGAAAGAAAAAAAUUGUAUUACCAAACCCUUCCAUAAAUGUUUUAUAAUUAACACUUCCUGUGCUUAGGUGAAUUACCUUUAUCUAUUUUUAUACUUAACCACGACCUUUUUUAUUUUUAAAAAAUUUCAUCUGCCUUAUCUGCUUAGGAAGGUUCUUAGCCGAAAUGUUCACACUGUCCUGUUUCUUAAUUCAAGCUUCCACAUACCUUGUCCUACUAUUUGCUUCACACAGCUUGAAUGCAGUCCUUCAUUUAUUAUGAUUUAUUCAACAGACAACCACGUCCAAAAAUACUACCAAACAUUUUGUACAACAUAGGCAACACACCUCUGGUUAGACUCAACAACAUUCCUGCCAAAGACGGUUUAGAGUGUGAAGUUUGUGAGUAUAAACGUUUUUUAUCAAAUGUUAAUUUGGAAAAUUAUUUUGGACUACAAUGUAACCCAUGGGAGGGCAACCUGCGGCCUGCUGAAACAGUUAAUGUGGCCCUGCAAGACCUUCUAAGAACUGGAUUAAUGUUUUCAUGAAAUAUGAAUGAUUAUCCGUAAAAGCCUUUGAAAAUUUAUAAUCACAGUGUAAAAUUGUCAAACUAAUAAUAAUCAUCACUGCAAAUUUGAACAUUAUCAUCCCACUGCUUAUUUGCAAACUGAACUUGAAAUGAAUUUUCUAAGCCCAUAAUGAUGUACCGGUACAUACAAAAUUAGCGUGCGUGCCACCAAAAAAUAUUUUUUUUAUGUUGCUGGCCAAAGUAAAAAAUAAUCUCCAUGCAUUCCUCUGCACAAAAAUGCUGCUUACCCCUGAUAUAACCCAUUGAGCAAUCAAAAUUACCUCCCCUAAACUAAUGCAUUCUCAUUUUCAUUAUUCCCCAAAUGCCUAGCUCUCAACUCAACUACUCCCCAAACGCCUACCAGGUGAAAGGGGGAAGGCAUUGGUAACUUAUGUAUGUAUAUUAUAUAUAUAUAUAUAUAUAUAUAUAUAUAUAUAUAUAUAUAUAUAUAUAUAUAUAUAUAUAUAUAUAAAACAUUUAAUUAAAUUAGCCUUGAUUUAUUGUUAUCAGGUGGGCAUGUUUAUCAUAAGUAUCAUCUUUCAGAAGCAGCAUGAGUUGGUAAUCCUUUGUGCAAAACUUUAAAUGAUAGCCUUAAUAGAAUAGCUGGGCUUAACAUCUUUAUAUUAAAACCAGUCCCUAUAGAAUUUAGAAUAGUAUGGCAUAUCAUAUUAAAACCAUUCCCCAUAGAAUAGUCUGGCCUAGUAAAUGAUUAUCCUAACUAAAAUUGCAUGACAUAACUCCAGAUGGAGCUUAUUUUAACUCCUUGGCAUGGUACUGUAAAAUUUCAGCUACCACUCCAUAAUUAGCAUAUGUCAGAAAGGUAUCCAUAUUCUCCUUUUGCCAAAGGAGUACUACUAUGAAUCUUCUUCUUCUUAUGCCUUCUUACACCAUCUGGGGCAUAGGCCGUCCACAAGAAUUUUCCAUUCAUCAUGGCCCCGUGCUUUCCUUUCCAGUCGCUUCCAGGUGUACCCCAUAUUUUGUGUGUCUGCCUCUAGCUCGCGUGGCCAUGUAUUCUUUGGCCCUUCUCUCUUUCUUUUUCCCUGUGGAUUCCAUGCUAGAGACUAUCUGGUGAUGCUAUCUGGUGAAUCUACUAAUUCCAUAUUAUAUUUACACAACAUGGUUGGCCCAUUUCUGAUUGGUCACAUGGCUAUGAAAGUUUUAGUGAGGUAAUUCUUGGCCAAUGUAAAUUUAAUUACCUGUACAUGAAAAUUAGAAAGCAUUAAAAAAUAUAACCAUUAUUUAACAGAUUGAUCUCACCCUUCUAAUUUAAAGAGCUUCAUAAUUGCAAUAGUCCGUCUCUCAAUCUUUAGUCAUUAUGGCAUUUCUCUGCCAAAUGUUUUGUUUUUUUUAAAGUCGAACGUGCAUUAUUUUCAGUGGCAAAAUGUGAGUUCUUCAAUGCUGGGGGAUCAGUAAAGGACAGAAUAGGAUUCAGGAUGGUGGAGGAUGCUGAAAAGAGUGGUGAAAUAAAACCUGGGGAUGUCCUCAUUGAGCCAACCUCUGGAAAUACAGGUAAAUGUGUGGUCAUUCCCGUUUUUCAUGCUAAGUAAAAAGAUUCAGCUCUGGCAUAUAGUUUAUUGGAGAUAAAAUUCAAUAUCCAAGAAGGAUGUUGGAGAGCCUGGCAAAAUUAAAUGAAGUAUAGAAUCGUUAGAAAAUAUUUAAGACUUCUUAACUCUUUAAGGUACGGUAUCAAUCAUUUUCUGCUGUGAUUUUCAAUACAUUUAUGAGUUAACUUCUUUAUUGGUUUACCCUUUCUUUAACACAUCCAGUGUGCCAACUUCUUUAAUAGUUAACCUUUCCUUCAUUGGACAGAUUUUCAUUAUAUUAUGUUCAGAAAUUUUUGUUAUUUUUACAUUUAAACCUUCGUAAGAGUUACAUGUUAUAGGUUUCAGUUUUGGAAACAUUUGAUUACUUAAUGUCUUUAUCUUAUUUUACACACAAAAAAAAUUUGUAAAUCUUGGUUUGGUUUCUUACAGACAUGCUUUGAAUGACACCCCCCCCCCCCCUUUUUUUUUUUUUGUUUUAUUUUUUUUAUUUUGUUCUCUCUUCUUUUUUUUUUUUUUACUUGGUAGCCUGGCUCCCAUUGUGAGGUUUUUUUUUUUCUAAAUGACAAUAAAAUGUUAUUUCCUCCAGGUAUUGGCCUUGCCCUGGCUGCUGCUGUCAAGGGUUACAGGUGUAUCAUUGUGAUGCCUGAGAAGAUGAGCAUGGAAAAGGUGGGUUGGACUCACCUUGACUGUUUGUUUAUUUUAUAUAUUAUAUAGAUGAACAUCUCUGACAUUACUGUAGGCAAUGAUGUUGUUUUACGUACAGGACACAUGUCUGGCACACAAUCCAAAAGAAUAAUCUCACAUUUGGUCUUAUCUAACACCCCCCCCCCCCCCCCCCCCCCCCCCCCCCCCCCCCCCCCCCCCUGCCCUUUGCCCCAUCCCUGCUCCCAGGUGGAUGUGCUCAGUGCACUUGGGGCAGAGAUUGUCAGGACCCCUACAAGUGCGUCUUUCGACUCCCCCGAAUCACACAUUGGUGUGGCCAAACGGUUGAUGGAGGAGAUACCAAAUUCUCAUAUACUUGAUCAGGUGAGUUAGAAAUUGUUAAAAAGUAGUAUGACUAUAAAGUUAGAGCUUUGUUGGCAGUCAAAGGAUUAUCACUAAAGAAGGUCUCUUUUUAAAUGUUCCUUAAUGUUGUGUUGUAUGUUUAUCCAAGUGUUUGAUAUGCACAUUUAACAAACAAUCUUAAUUUAGUUGGGUGUUAGAAGUGAAGAGCCAAUAGCCAAAAUGAACGGAGAAGUGUUUGUGGAGUUAUUUUUUAAAAGUGAAACUUGAAACUUAAAAUGCUUUCACUACUUAAGGUUGACGAGAAACUGAAUAAAAAUUUUUUUAAAUUUAUCAGAUAAUUAUUAAAGUAACUGGUGUCAAGACUUGAUUGGUAUAUCCAGGCAGGAGCUAUGUCCACUUCUUCCUAGUUGUAAUUUCCACUUAGUUCAACACAAGACGAGGCUGAUUUUCCUACAUUUAUAUUUCAAGAACUUUAAGAAAUUCGGCUGUAAGAAAAUAUACCAAUAUUGCAUUUAACUAAUUCUUUUUAAUCAUUCAGAGCGGAUGUUUAGAGCCUUAAAUGCCUUUUCAUCAAAACACCUCUUGGAAAAAAAAUUAUUUAUUUUUUCCCAGUACCGUAACGCAAGCAAUCCAGUCGCUCACUUUGAUGCUACAGCUGAAGAAAUUUUGGAUGCCUGUGAUGGUAAGAAUUUUCUUGAAUGUGGUGAUUUCUGGAUCCUGUUGUGCUGGCCGAUGCACAUAGAUCUCAGGUCUGUUCCCUCAGCUUGGUUGCGUAAUGGAGCAAUAGAGGGGAAGUUGUUGAUAUAAUGGACAUAAAUUUUCACCCACUGAAACGUUUGUUCUGUUCAACUUGAUGAAAACUUUGAUUUCAUUUUCACAGCAUUUUGUUUAUCUUUGUGUCCUGUUCACUGAUGCAGGGUCACUGCUGCUCUGUCAUUUUAUUUAAUACAUGUAAAGCAAAUAGUUUUUUUCUAUUUUGUCUUAACUGGAAUGUCAUGCCCAAAUUUUCUCCAAACUUGUUAAUGAUGUUUUUUUCCAAAUGCUGUCAGGUAAAUUGGACAUGAUAGUGCUGUCUGCUGGAACUGGGGGGACAUUGACGGGCAUCUCUCGUAAAAUUAAGUCAAAAUGUCCAGAUUGCAAGGUCAGUAGACAGUUAACAUAAAUUCACUCAAGAGAAAUUUAACAAGUUUUAAACAUUUCUACAAAUAUUUUUUAAUUUUGUCAGGGGGAGUGCAUAUUUCUAACAAUUUCUUUAUUCUUCUCACUAAGAUCUGGCAGAUACUUCUUCUGUAUUUUGAGCACCCAUGAUCAAUGUAUUUGUUUGUAGGAAUUUUCUUUCUACUUAUCUACAGUUUUUAAUAAUUGUAAGCAGACAAUUUAAAAAAAAGAUUAGCAGCUCAAACAUUAUGUUUUGAAUUUAAAAACUCCAGGUUGUUGGAGUUGAUCCAGAAGGUUCCAUCCUGGCUCAGCCAGAUUCUCUGAAUAAAAGUGACAUCUCAUUCUAUGAAGUGGAAGGCAUUGGCUAUGAUUUUAUUCCAACUGUUCUGUCCAGAGAGGUUAGUGUUUUCAGCUGUUUAUGUAUGGUGUAACUACAUAAGAUGCAUGCCAAUGUUAACAUAUAGAAAUUUUUCUAUCAAUCAAAAGUGCAAUCUUUGUUUAACUGUGUCACAAGGACUCUAUUGAAAUCCUUUUUAUGCACAUGUAAUACUAACAGAGCAAUAAAAACUAGAUAACUAAGUGAUGUGUUUGCUAUUUCAUCUCAAACAGAUGUUCUAAGAGAUUGUCUAAGAGAUGUUCUUAAAUAUACACAUUUUUCUUUGGGCUUUGUAAAAAAAAAUUAUUAUUUUUUGGUUAUUUUAAAAAUUUCUUUAAAACUUGAAUGAAUCAGAGAUGUGUUUUUCCCUCUGAAAUAUUUAGACAUUGUUGAUGUAGUAGGCAUAAAUAUAUUUCCUGAUUAAAAUAUCAGCGUUCAAAGAGCUUUACAUUUAUAAUUUGAGGAUUAAUGAGAGGAUUGGGAAAAGUCAAAAGUCGGCACAUUAAAAAAAGCACCAAGUUUAUUGAUCAGCUUUUUCAUGUGUUUUUUGUUGCUGUUGUUACUAUAGAUGUAACAUUAAAAAUUCCCAGUAUGUGGACAAGUGGUACAAGAGUGUGGACAAGGAAUCAUUCAUCAUGGCCAGGCGGUUAAUACGGGAGGAGGGACUCUUGUGUGGUCAGUAACUUGCUGUCGGCAAAAUGUUCAUGUCUCAUGCCUAAAUGUAAGAAUUGAAAAUUUAAGUUGCAAGCUUUUAAACAUUGCUGUGGCCUCGGGUAACCCUUGCCCUCAUUUUUUGGAUGAAGUGUGUUUCAACAACGGGGCGAAAAGCAUUCAAAUAAAACCCUCGUUUUAGGAUGAAAAACAAGUGAAAUAUCUGUAGAUUUGAUUGAUUGACACAAGUAACAAAAAACAUGCUCAAAGAUAGCAGAUACAUUUUUAACAUUUAAAAAAAUUAACAAAGAAAGUAGUUAUCGUCUUGGCAAUGACAUUGUCAGAUUGAAUUUCAAUUGAGAAUACUGAUUUAUGUAUGAGCUGAUUAAUUAUGUAGUGAACACAACAAAUUUCAAAAUCUGAAUUAUAAUUUUAUUUAUUUUGUUGAAUAGGCCACUAUUUAUGCUUCACUUUGGGUCACAAUGUCCCGAAUAUGGACAAAAUACUGUGCAGCUUCUGGGAUUAAACGUUUUUUAUACUUUGCUUCUCUUACUACUCACACUUUUGAGCUUUGGUAACUAUUUGCUGUUUGUUAUUUGUUAGAUUUGAUUGUGAUGCCCUGAUUGUGUUCUUCAAAUUUAACGUCAGUCCAAAGUCUGAAUUAUUCAUCUGUACAUUUUUAGAAAAAAAAUUUGGAAUUCAACUACUAAAUUUAAUGUUUUUUAACAUUUUUUUAUUAAGUUUCUCAAUCUUUCUGCCCGCCAGGUGGUAGCAGUGGGUCCGCAAUGUAUUGUGCGGUCCAAGCCAUCAAAGACUUUGGUCUGAAGAAGGGCCAACGCUGUGUGGUCAUCCUGCCAGACUCCAUCAGGAACUACAUGUAAGCUACACAAAUCUUUUGUUACAUGUAUUACCAGGAUAGGAUUAAAUUUUAAAAAAUGUUGUUUCUGAUGGUUUGUUGUAUGAUCAGUACGUAACAAAAGGAAUAAUACCACUGAUCCAAUGAAAUACAAAAAAGAGUGAUGCCAAAGCCAGUGCUGAUAAAAAUUAACAAUUCAUUUAUGCAUUAUCUCUUAGACACUUAAGUCAAUUAUUUAAAAUUAGAGCUCAUUUAACUUAAGUAUUCGAAUCCAUACAAUGAUAACAGAAACACACAGUCACUCUUUAUGAAGGGAGUCUCUAGAUAUCUGAAGGUACUUGCUACAGUCGACCAUCUGAUUGCCAAAGAAUGCCUUCCAGAAUUAUUCUGAACUAUCUUAGUGUUUUUGGGAGGAUAUCAGAAAGAUAAACAAGUUCAGUGAGUUCACCUCAAAGGUCUGGAAAGAGGGGAGGCAUCUCUUGGUGUCCAUGACCAACCAACACUGGGGAAGUAACAUGUCUCAAUGUAAACAAAGGUCACAGCCAGGGGUUUUAAUCAUGUUUUUCAAAUAUGGCUUUAAAUUAUUUGUCCCCUGGCUUACUUGGUUAAAAAAAAAAAAAACUUACAACAUUACAAGCAUCCACAAAUGCACUUACAAAUGAAUUGUUGACAGGUCCUUGUGGAAGUAACAUGUAUCAAUGUAAACAAAGGUCACAGCCAGGGGUUUUAAUCAUGUUUUUAAAAUAUGGCUUUAAAUUAUUUGUCCCCUGGCUUACUUGGUUAAAAAAAAAAAAAACUUACAACAUUACAAGCAUCCACAAAUGCACUUACAAAUGAAUUGUUGACAGGUCCAAGUUUCUGAGUGAUGAUUGGAUGAGCCAGCGUGACUUCCUGGAAUUGGAGCCCUUGGAGUCAUCCAAAGACUGGUGGGUCUUAAAGAUACAAUUGUUUAUUUACCUCUCUAUUCUCUAUGUCCAUGCUUGACAUGUGCACAGUUGCAUUUUGAAUUACCAUUCAAUGUGGGAAUAAAUGUAUGGGGCUCUACUAUCCCAUUUGGUUUCUCUCCUUUGGUUCAAGAUGUUAAUUUAAAAUUGAAAUUUAAACUCGAUGGGAAAGAAACAAUGUUGUAUUCAAACAACUUGGACUGGUUUAUUUUAUCUGGAAAGAUUUUGCUCAAAAGAUUGGAGUUAUUUUUUUCGGCAGAUAUUUCCAUCAAAUGAUCUAAAAUAAAUAAGUUUGUUAAAAAAUUAAUAAAUUGAUAAAAAAUAUGCAUGUUACUUGACUGGCAAAUAUCUAUAGAAUUUUAGCAUUUUAUCAUCAGAUGGCAAACAAACCUGUAGUGAUCAGCUGAUACUUAUAAAGUUUUAAAGCUCAGUGUCUCUGCCUCAUGUUUUUUUGAAAAGAUUUUCACGGACUUUUGUUACUAGGUUUAAUACACAGAAUUUGUUUUAAUAUAGAUUUUUUGAUUUACUUCAUCAUAUUUAAUUGUAGUUGUAUAACAUAAAAAAAAUUAAUCUUCUUAUCAUUCUUAGUACACAAAAAUUUAUCUUUGGAUUUCAAAUUAUGCAUUUAAAAAAACUCAGCAUCCCUUGAUAAAAUAUGGUCUUGAUGCUUAUCAGACCCUCCCUAAUCAUAUCUCAUCAUAUUUUUCACUCUGGUCCAUGUUAGUUUUUCUUUUUACAAUACAUGUUCCCUCGCUAAUUUUUUUGUCCCUUCUCAUCUACUGAAACUAGCAGCAGUAGCUAUUUGAGUUGGUAAGAGUUAAAAGUUUUAAAAUAUCUUUUAGAUUUGUUUUAAAUUAGAGGUGGAAAAAUCUAAUUAAAUUUCAUGUUUUAAUGGCUUUAGACAUUCUUGUAGUGUUAGGAGAGUUAGAUCUCUUAACUGAUAUCUUCAUUAGAGUAAAUUCAAUGGGAAAUUGCUUUACCCUGUUCAGAACUACUAUAAAAUUAAAUUGAAUAAAAGUGGGAAUUAUGAGCACAUUUGGGUUUUACUGCCCUAGGCAAAAAAAUAAAAAAAUUGAAGGGAGAUAAAUGCCUUAAAAUUUUUAGUUGAAUAUCAUUUAGUUGGUCAAGUAACACCGCUCACUUAUUUAAUAUUGAAGGUACCUCUGUGAUGCAUGGGCUUUAGGACAAACUCUUUAUUCUAUAGUGCUGGUCAUGGUAUUGUUUACACCAGUCUUAUAAUUGAACAAGGAAUACGGCCAGACUUUUAGAAAACUAGAUUGACUAUUAAAAUGCUUGAGAGUGCUGCUGGUGGCUUGUCUGUAAUAUGGACUACUGCAUGGCUUCUCAUAAAACGUUUAAAGUAGAAAUCUUUUAAAAUAACUCUAAUAGUGUCUGUACCAUUUAAAUGGCUUUCAGCUCAGCUCCACUGUUUAUUCAGUCAAAACAUUGGCCAUAGUUUUAUGAGUAGUCAUCUUUUUUGUUUGUUUGUUACAUAUGAGAAUUUAUAAAAUUUUACUUUUAGAUAAUAUAUCUUGGUUGUAGCAUAGAUUUCAUACGUUAGUGACUUACAUGAGGCUUUUCUUUUGUGCAAUUGUGUUGCUACAAUAAAUUUAAGAAAAUGAUUUUUAAUGUUUUCAACAAACCUGGAGACAAUGUUUGAAAACACCAUUUUGUGUGUUGUUAUUUAAGUAUUUGAAUAAGUUAUAAACAGUUAACUUUGCUAUGGUGAUUAACUGAGCAAAAAAAAAAUCAUCAUAAUUUGUCCCCUUGUUUUUAUUUAUAACUAAAAAUCAAUCUGACAAAAGUAAUGAAUCUUGGCACCACAAUCAGCAGCUGUCAGCUUGACGGUAGAAUUUUCACUUCACAUCCUGACUUUUCCUCUGUUUUGUGCAAUUUUUUAAAGAGGAGUUUGCCAGAUAAGCUUACGGGAACACAUAAUCGAUAUAUAUAUAACUUAAUAGUACACAUGAACACCUGGUAAUAAUCAAUUUAAUUUUUCAUCGAUCAAGUUUAUGUUAUCUAGUAUACAGCAAGUGCUCGACUUACGACCUAUGCAACUUACUAUUCGACUUUACGACCACAAUCACUAGCCAUACUAUAUUAGAUUUCAGAUUUAUUUAUGCCUCAAUUAUCAGUGGCACGGCGUUGUCUGCAAUCAUUGGUGGUCUUGAACAUUGAAAAUUAUGUUUUAUAAAAACAAUAAAAGAAAUUUAUGAUAUAAUUUAACUUAAUAUAUAUAUAUAUAUAUAUAUAUAUAUAUAUAUAUAUAUAUAUAUAUUAAAAAAAAUAAAAAAUAUAUAUAAUAUAAUAUAAUAUAAUAUAUAUAUAUAUAUAUAUAUAUAUAUAUAUAUAUAUAUAUAUAUAUAUAUAUUGAUUGUAAUAAAAUGAAAAUCUACCCAUUAAUAUUUAACACUUUUCUUGGCUUUUUAAACUAGUUGUUUUUUUGUGUGCAUUUUUUCCUUUUGCUCAAAAUUUAGAAUGCUAAUGCUCUGUCUGACUGCUUUUAUGACAAACUUUAAUUAACCAAUAUUUUAACCCAAAAAUGUGAACAAAUUUGGACCCAUAACUUAUGAUGUCAAGUUAUUUGAACAAAUUUUUAAAUUGAAGUUAAAGAAUAAAGACAAACCAUUUUUAAUUUAUUAAUGAAAAUCUCUAUGAUUGAGCUGUUACAAAUGACAAAAUUAUUGUAGAAAAUAAAUGUUAAUGGCAUGAACUGUGAUGGAUUCAUGUAUUGUUAAAUAGUUUUUUUAAAAAUAGAUUUUAAAUUUUUAGCAUAAGAAUUAGAUGUUUCUUAAAAGACAUUUGACUGGAUGAUUGGGAAGCAAAUCAAACGCAGUGGAGAAAACCUUUUUUAUUCAUGGGCAACCCAUAUAAAUUUACAAUCCUUACGAUCCCAAAAUGGUUUGUCCAUCCAAAGUUGCUCAUUCAUGAACAAAGGGUUCUUUUUCUUUUCUUUUUUUUUCUGUCACAUUGACAGUAAACCCUAUGACAUCGUCUCGGAUCCUGUAAUGUGUCAGGUCUAAUUUACUCACUGCAUUCCCAUUCCUGUCAAGCCUGUCCUUGUUCUCAUCACUGGAGUAGACAAUCAAAACUACCGGCCAUGACUUUCUCUUUUGUUACCUGACAGUUCUCAGGUCUAAUUUACCCAUCCUUUCAACCAUUGGCCUGCCUUUGUGCAGCAUGGAAGUGUCCUCACGCACUUAUACUUUGAGAACAACCAAGUUUAUGUAUGUGUACAUAAGUAAGGCCCUGAACCUAAAUUGUGUCACAUAUUCUUUUGGACUAUAAGAGAGGUCAGAGUUUCUUAGUGAUUCACACUGAAAACAUGUAUGUCACAUACACCCCAGUACCGACCUUAUGUUCCUUGUUCAUAUGAAUAUCACAUACUUCCAUUACUGACCUUAUGUUCCUUGUUUAUUCCAGGUGGUGGAAUCUUAAGGUUAGUGCCUUAAAUCUGUUGGCCCCAUUGACGGUCAUGCCCAAUGUCACUAUCCAGGAUACAUUAGAUCUGCUCAACAAGGAGGGAUUUGACCAGGUCCCUGUGGUGGAUGAUUCAGGGUAGGUUUUGAAUUAGUAAAAGAUUAAGGGUAGGUUUUGAAUUAGUACAGGAUUAAGGGUAGGUUUUGAAUUAGUACAGGAUUCAGGGUAGGUUUUGAAUUAGUACAGGAUUAAGAGUAGAUUUUGAAUUAGUACAGGAUUCACUGUUGAUAUAAUUUGUUUAGGGUUCGUAUUGUGACCUCUAUAUAUAAAAAAAAAACUACUGAUGGAGACUUAACAUCAGGUUCACUUGUAUCAUUUCAGAGCUGUUAUGGGUAUGGUGACUGUCAGCAACAUGAUGUCACAGAUUGUGAAGAAUCGAGUCAAGGGCAGUGACCCUGUGUCAAAGGUCAUGUACAAGCAGUUCAAACAGGUACUUUGAAAAAAAAAAUGUUUUAUUGAGACACCAAAAAAAAUGUGAUGAAGUUUGUUGUUUUUUGUUGUGCAACUAAAUGUGUUACUUAAUGUCUCCUAGUGCUGUGAUCUUUCUAGAUUAUAAACGUCAGUUGAGUUCUGGCUUCAUAUGUUGCUUACUUAUAAUUAAACCUGGAUCAUAUGUGUGUCCGGUGCAGUGACAGCAUGGCCAAGGGGAACAAAAUAAAUUUGGAAAAAAAAUGAACAGUUUUUUUUUUAAAUGCCAUUAAUUUCCUUCUGUCAAGUGGACUGCCGGUAAGCAUCCUUAUUAAGAUGAACUAUGUUGAAUUUAUUCAUGCUUAUCAAAUGUCCUGGUUUGACCGGGAUCUUCCCGGUUUUGAAGCCCUGUUCAGGCGUCCCAGUGGGUUUGAAAAUUGAAUAUUUUGUCAUGGUUUCAAUCUCAGUUCGGAAGUGAUUAAUAUGUCUUAUAAAUGUUUGGAUAGGCUUCAUUCGUAUCAAUUGUUGAAAUCAGAACUUUGUUGGUAUCAGAUGCCGUAUUCAUUGAUGAAACUAAGGUUAAUUAUAUGGGGAAAAACUACCAAGCUCUAAGCUUGUAUUAUGCAAGGUGUGUAUAUAUAUGAAUAAAUCCACAUGUUAUUGUGAUGUCUCUUAGAAUAAGAGGCCUGUGCCAAAUAUCGACCUGCAGUCUAUGACCCCCCCACCAUCCCGCUUUCCUCAAAAGAUGGUAGAAGUAAUAGCCUAGAAUUUACAGCAUUAUAUCGUGUAGGUAUAAAUCAUUAACAAAAGUGCCGCCCAAAGGGUUGUUGCCCCCGGACCCUCUUAAGUACUGUCAUAUAAUAUAGGUCCUGGUCUCAAAUUAUGGGAAGCCUUGAUAUAGUAAACAUGACAGGUGCUAGUGAGUUAUCUCAUCUCACUUUUGAGUAUUUAUUUUUUGAUCCGCAGAUUCAUAUGACCACAUCCCUCGGCCAGCUGUCGCGGAUGUUGGAUACGGAUCACUUUGUUCUAGUUGUUCAUAACCAAAGGCAAUGUAAGUCGAAUACAAGAAAACUUAUUUUGGCUUUUGUUCCUGUGAAAUCCAUAUUUAAAUGAUGACCUGGUUGAUUGUAACUCAACUGAUUGAUUGAUCCAUCCUCUGCUGGCUUUAAACCCCUGUUGUACCUACAGAGAUUUAAGGUUUAUCUUAGUAUCUGUGUAUCUGACCUAGCCAUGGCUCACAAGGCAUGAUCUAGACAUGGCUCACAAGGCCUAUGAUCUAGACAUGGCUCACAAGGCAUAUGAUCUAGACAUGGCUCACAAGGCCUAUGAUCUAGACAUGGCUCACAAGGCCUAUGAUCUAGACAUGGCUCACAAGGCUUAUGAUCUAGACAUGGCUCACAAGGCAUAGUUUAGAAAAGCUUGAGCUCUACACUAUAUGCUUUUAGCUAAUGUUCAGUUGGCUUUACAAGGCCUUAAGCAUUAUCCAUUUUUAAAAAAAGCUUUUAUAGGUCUAGCGGUCAGGACCCUAGUCAGAUGCAAUAUAUAUAUAUGUGAUGUGGCAUGUGGCCAGCGGGUGCGCCACCCCUGAUUUAGACUGUGUAUUUGAGAUCACUUAAAGGCGUGGGAUCAUUAUAUAAAAUAAAAAUGCAAUCAUUUAAAUCUUGGAUCCCCCCCCCCCCAUAUUAUUUUUAACUUUCCAGAAAGACAGAAAUAAAUAAGCAUUGCAUGACUUCAUACUGUGUAUUUGAGAACACUUAAAGGCGUGGGAUCCAUAUAUAAAAUAAAAAUGCAAUCAUUUAAAUCUUGGAUCCCCCCCCCCCCCAUAUUAUUUUUAACUUUCCAGAAAGACAGAAAUAAAUAAGCAUUGCAUGACUUCAGCUUUAAUCCCAUUGUUACAGAUUCCCUCCUUGAUAUUUCUGUAGAUGGCAAUGGGGGCAAGGUUGAGAAGAAACAGAUGAUCUUUGGCAUCGCCACCAGGAUCGACCUCUUGAACUUCAUCACGUCCAAGGACAGCCCAGAGUUGUGAUGACAAAGAUUCGAGACACAGCAGCGGCUGGAAUCUUAUAUCAAGACAAUUGAUCUACACCAGGGCAUUUUUUUUUUGUUUACAUCAGGACAUAUUAUUCUUUACAACAUGACAAAGUUGUUUUUUUUUUAGUCCGGAAAUUAGUUUUAUUCUUUUACUCCAGGACAUUUUAUUCUCUUUCUCAAGGAUAGAUGGUUUUACACUUGAAAUGAUGAUAAAAGCAACACAGUAAUAUUAGACAAGUUUUUAGACCUGGGAAGACGUCCGUUUAUUGUUGCACCAUAAAACAUGGAGAAUGUUUUGCACAUGUUUUGUUAUUUUUUUUCUUGACCAAAACAAUAAUGAUCUUUUUCUUUGAAUUUUUAUUAGCAGUUUGCAGUGCCUCAAGAUAAAUUCUAGAAGAUUUAGUACUGUAUAAUAGUUUGUUUUUGUUAACCUAAUUAAUUAGAACGUGAGUCUCAACUAUUGAUUUCCAAUGCCAAAAUUGAGGUUCUGAAACCCAUCAAUAAAAAAAAAAUAAAAAAAUGAGUGGCCUAGUUAAAUUAUUUUAAACAAAUGCCUGCUGUUCAGAAUUGUGUGUGCCGCUAUGGUGGCCUUAUUAUUUAAUGUCAUAUUUGUUUAGAUUAAAAACUAUAAAAUGUUGUGUUUGUGUGACUUUGUAAAGAUAUCAAUAAAUGUUACAGCCAGUGCUCAGUCAUUUUGAACAUGAUGAAGUAUAUAAUUUCUGAUGACUAUUUGCUAAAUUUCAAUGAAUCUGUCAAUCAAUGAAUCUCAGAUCGAAUUAACCAAUUAUUUGAUGAAAUUUUAAUGAUUUUUUGGGGGGACCACGUAUAAUUUCCCAUCCUAUUUUUUUAAUUUGUACUUUAGACCGUUCAUUUAUUAUUUGUGGCUCUGAUUCACCAUUACGGCAUAAAAUAUAAUUUUUGUUGUUGCUUUUUUGAACAUUUUAGAGGUUUAAUUUUGUCAGAAGCUUAUGUUUUGAUAAGGCCGGUCAUAUUUUCAUUUGCAACACUGUCAGCAUAAUGAAUUUAGCUUGGCUGUCAUAUUUUUGUUUGAGUUUAAAAGCAAUGAAGGAUUGAGGGGGCCAGUGAAAGGGUAGAAAAAUUCAAACACUUUACUUAAAUCUUUUUUUUUUAAACGCUAGAACAAACAACAUACAUUUCUUGAGCUUGUUCAGUCUUGUGAAUCUGUGGCAGCUUUAGGAUGGUGGGAGAAAUGUGACAGAAUGGGUGCACCAUAAAUUACCAGCAUCAUAUGGGAAGCAGAAUUAAAAUAAAAUAAAAUUUGAUUGGUUUAAGGGGGGGGGGGGGUGUAUUCCGUAGAUUUGGCACUAUCCAGAAUAGUGGCCAGGGUCAUGCUGAUUAUGUUCAAAAUUUUAAAAAUAACUUCAUACUUUCUUUUAUUGAGGUUCUUGUCUUAGGGG